AUGGGAAAAUGUGUGACCCUCAUGAUAUCUGGCAGUGGUGGGUACCUCCUCUACCUGAGGUCCAUUUCGGACAGGCAAGACAAGUUAGAAGCAUGUCAGGCUAAGAUAAAAGAGGAGAGUGAGAAGGCGCUUGCUGAGCUCAAGGCCGAGGUAGCUCGUACAGAUGAGUCUGUCUCUCGGUACCAGGAGGAGUCGGAGCUGAAGCAUCAAAAGCUAGAGAUUGAAUUGAGAGAGCUCAAGUUUCUCAAGGAGUUAUGGAUGUCAAUUGUAUUCCAGGAAAGUUCCAAGACGGAAGUUGAAGCCAGGAGUGAAUGA